AUGAACGAUGCUGUUUUCAGCAGCGAGGGCCCUCUGCCCCUAGGGAGCAGUGCUCAUCCCUCAGAGCGGACUGAACACCAGAGCUCAGAGAAGUACGAGCUCAUGCUUUGCUGCCCGGUCAAGGUCAAGAUAAAGAUGAGCAUGUUAGAUAGGCCCAUCACCAAGGUCUGUCUCCUCCAGCUGAAUGAGACUGUCCUCCUCCAGGGGCCAUGUGCUACUGCUAGUAACCUCUGGCCCCCAAGGUGUUUAAGAGUCUUUCGUGAGUCCGAGAGCAGAUCAGCGAUGGGAAAACUUUCUGCAGUGAUUUGCUGUUUGUUGCUGACUGUCAGAGCAGCGACGGCCCAGACAGCUCAGUCAGAGCGGCUGCUGCCUCAGUGGCUCACCGGCAUCAUCGCCGUCGCCGGCUUCCUCUUCCUCAGCUUCGUCGGCCUCCUGGUGAAGAAGGCCUGGUGUGAGGAGCCCAGGAGGAGGGAAGGUGAUGUCGAGUUGGUGAAUGACAACGAAUUCACUAUGACCAACAGUGUCACCUAUGACACCAACCUGGACGUAGUCAGGAGCAAAGAAAACAUGAACGUUUAUGAAAACCCGGUGGUUGACAGCGCUGAUGAAAAAGUCACCUCCAUGUGAUCGUGCUGAGACGAUCCUAUUGGCUGUCUGAGCGACGACGUCAUCCACAAGUCUGAACAGAGACGCAAACAUCGUCAGAGUACAGAUUUUUAAAAUAACUGUUGUCUUUAUUUCGUUUUACCAUUCAAAUAUCUUCUGUGGCUGUAAUUUUUUUUUAAAUCUUUUAUCUUCAAAUGCAGUAAAUUUCUAGGAAGAUGUUAUGAAUCAUUUAGCAGAAAGUGUGAGAUUAUAUGAAUUAUUACUGUUACUGUGUUUUCAUGUUUCUCUGACUGAGCAGUAAACACGUCAUGAGGAGAAG